CAGCCAGCCCUUGUCGGCCUUUCUUGCAUACGAAUUAACAUCUGAUGGUUGUUACAUUCUGUGGGUAGCCUUUCCACUUCUCGUGCUGUGAGCAAGGCACGGCGCCUCUUCUAGCUCCUUGACCAGGGAGCUUUUGCUUCGGGUCAAUACAACGUCCCGCAAUUGGGUGGCAGGUCCCGGCCGCUCUGCUUGCUUUGCCUGGGCGAGCUUUCUGGGGCUCACCGGACGGGUGGCCAUUGCGUUUAGAGAGUUUCUAUGAAUGCCGUCUAUAAGCUGUGCUUGUGCAUUUCAUCUCCGUGCCCAUAAACAUUCAAUCAAGUUGUCUGCAGCAGUUAAACUUCCUUGUGGAGCUUGAUUUCGGAGCUUUGAUCACCACGAGGAAAACCGUUAGCACCUUUUGGCUAAUGCUCCUGACGCUGCGGGCAUAAGUCGUUCAAAUUGGGCGACCUUCCCUCGGUAUCAGCGCCGUGGCGACCAAGUGCACCUGUAGUGUCUCGACUUGGUCUGCAUGCCGCACAUGGCGGCCACCUCAUGUGCUUUACUCUUCCCGAAGUGUGCUCAUACCUCAAGUCCUUAUGAACUAACUCUUGACCUGGACGCCAUACUCCAUUAUCAGACGAUAUAAUAAACACUCUCUGGGAACACGGGGUCGCGCCGCACCGCUCGCUUUCCUCGUCCAUUGCAUUGCUAGCUCUGCUGAAAUAGGCAAUAUAUCUCGCUCACAGCCUAUACACUUUUAAUAACAAUCACAACGCAGCCUUGCUCUUAUUAACCCUCAAUCUAUCGGAAUACGCAAAGAAAUAGCCAGUCUUUCCUUUCACAGCUCCUGACGAUAUAGCCUACCUUACUGGAGACACCUUUAUGCAACGUUCUGUUCGAAACAAACCCCUGCUCUAGUCAACUAUUGCAAUCGAAGAGUUGGGUGUGACGGUCUUCUAUGGUUUGCACUUUAUACACACAGUACUUGGCUGGCAACCCGCACGAGUCUUUCUAGCGCCUUUCACGGACCCUAAAGGCUUAAGGAAGAUUGUUCAAGACGAAGUGGACUCGCUUCCACGUUUGCUACGCUCCAUUCACGCACAACCGCUUUCUAUUUGGUGUGUCUUUGAAGAAAGACACAGCCCGCGAGGGCCCCAGAGUCGAGAAUUAUUUCCAUCCAGAGACCGGCGUCCGUUCAGAGCACAUCGCUCUGGCGGGAUCCAUGCGCCAAAAGCACGCUGGCGGACAACUACAGAGCCCCAGGAUACAAUGUGGACUACUCAGAGCACCUGGCAUCAACAGCCGAUGCUAGAGGAGUCCACCAAAACUAUAACUCAACAUCCUUUUCGGAUAAUCAGCGACAGAACCGCCUAGAUGCACCGGUAGACGACCAUGCCAGCUAUCCGAGAACCGACCCUGGAGAUACUGGAGUCGACCAUAUUUCGACAUCCCACAAUGAUGGGACAUCACACGCACACUCCUUGUUAACCCAUCAAGAAUCACCACAAACUACCCCUCAAGUCAUGAUUAGUCCACACACUGGUACUAUUCGCCAUGAUCGUAUGACUAGCCACUCCUUCAGCGGACCUGGGUUGCUCGUGGCACCCAUGUACCAGUCAUUGUCCCCAACAACUCGGCCAUCGCAAAUGUCUCCUCCGCUGAGCCGCAAAAGAUCUCGUCCCACGGAGUUCGAUCUAUCGGUUGGGGAUAUGUCUGAUUUCGGUCAUGCUAGUAUGGGUGCUAUGGGACCAACUGGUCUCGAAUCGGCCUACACACACACACCAGUUGGUGCCAUACACCCAGGCGCGGGGCUUACUAUGACACAUCAUCACCAUCUGCCAAAUCUAGAGCCUCCAUCGAAGAUGAUGAGGAGGGACGACGAUGUGGCUGCCGCACCGAGCCUUGUGGGACAGGAAGGCAUGCCACCACCAGCACCACGGCCCAGAGGACCGAAGCUCAAAUUCACAGCCGAGGAUGAUCAGCUCUUGAUUCAACUCAAGGAGCAAAAGAAUCUUACAUGGAAACAAAUCGCCGACUUUUUUCCAGGCCGCUCAUCCGGUACUCUUCAAGUCCGGUAUUGCACGAAAUUAAAGGCCAAAACAACGCUCUGGACAGAGGAAAUGGAUAACAAGCUUCGAAGAGCCUUGCAAGACUAUGAGAACGAAAAAUGGCGAAUAGUAGCUCACAAGAUUGGCUCUGGCUUUACACCAGCAGCAUGUCGGGAGCGGGUCGAGCAAUGGGAAUCGGGAGAAACAGAGACGUUCAACGAGUCGGUUUCACCAUCAGCACUAUCAUCCAACAGAGACGAAACGUCCUUGUAUGGAGCAGAUGACCCUCAACUUGCGUUUGACGGGAAGCAUCACCACCUACUUCGAUAAAAAAAAGUAUUGUUUGGGGGAAUUUAUGGCGUUUGUUUUGCUUUCACAAAAACGGUAUUGUCUAGCUAGUGGUAUCCACGGCAUAUUCAAUGUCCUUUAGUUUGGCCUUUGGCCUGGAUUCUUUGUUAUGUUGGAUUUCUUUUGGAGUAUACCUGUAAUGGAAAGGUGACGAAGGGCAACACAUCAAGCAGUUCUCUUGAUGUAUUGCCGGGUACGAUAUUCACUCUUAGACGAGAAAUGACGAUAGGGUGGGAAAGUAAGAUAAGAACUUUGUUUUGUUAUUAUUCAUUAUGACUAUUUUAACAUGCUUUGACUGAGUGAUGUCUCGUCUAGCUGUGCCGCUCCAUUCUCAAUAAGCUCUACGAGUUUCUGAUUUGUUGAAACAUCUAUAGAGGGAUCCAGAAAGGUAGCCAUGUCGACAAACCAGCCAUUAAAGUCUCUUAUUUCUGUGCCUUUGCCCGCGCAGACAUCUUGGAGCAUUGAGCUGCGAUUUUCCUUGACCUUUUCUCCGACUGCGUAGACCAGGGAUCUAAGCUUAUCAAAAGAAAAUCGCUCCACAAGGGUUUGGCGUAGUAUAGCAAUAUCGCUCUCAGAAGAUGCUAGAAUAGAGGUGCUAGCGUCACUUUUGGCGAGUGCUUGGAGAACAGCACUGGCUUCAGCAAUGAUACAAUCAAGUACCUUGAUGAUGGGCCCAUCUGGGUUUUGAAAAAUAAAACCAUUUUUCUGGCGCAGCAAAGCUGUGAGAGGAUUUAAGCACGCAUUGACGACAAGCUUCUCAAGUUGGACUACCCAUAAGUCUGCCGUGGGAAACGCCUUAGCGUCAAUAAAGGGCGCAGCCAAAAUCUGCUGGGCCAGGUAGUUUUGGGAUACAUCGUGACCCGGGAAGACGGAGCCAAUGGAGACGUUUGCAGGAGCUGCAUGUAAGCUCUUAAAGGGACCUUCGGACAAUACCCCGUGGUUUGUCACGCAAAGAAGGGCAUUGAACCCGUUGCCAUUGGGGUAGCGGUGCGUCAUGUACGCAGAACCGUGGGGUGGCCAAAGUUUGGACAUGCCGUUCUGUGCAAAGGCCACAGUGCUUUGUGAGUCGAGAUAGCCGCGGAUUCGAUCCACAGAAGGCAUAGCCGCGGUCGCUUUUGUUGUCACUAGAACGUUUCGGAGGGGUUGAACUUGCUGCACUGGCCCUGUAGCAGGCUUCUCUUCGGACCAGUACUCAAUGUCGUACGCCUUUGACUGGUGAAGAACGCCCUGACGAGUUACUUCUACCCCAUUGUUUUCGAUCCAUUGGGAUAACAGUGAUUCUCUGUGGACGACGAGCGUGAUUGGUGGAGGUGUUGGGGUUACCAACGACAGGUACGCCGCGUACAUGCGACCCAGGUUACCAAUACCGAUGAUGUAGAUGCGAGAGGAUUCAUCUUGAAUAUCCCUUCGCUGUGGAGUGUAAGGGAGAUUCAGGUUUGCUGGAGUCCAGGCGUAGAGCGUUGGUGGCACCGAUGUGUCUGAUAGAACUGGCUUCAGCCAGGCGGGCGCUUGUGCCAUUGACAGAGGGCGUCUCUGACGGAUAACUGGGAUGGAAGAGGUAAUGAGUGGAUAAGGGCGGCUGAUUCUAUUCCAGAAUGCCAUGGAUAGAGGACAAUUGAUCAAGAUACUGCUGUUUGAAGAUGGCUAUUGCGUGGGUGCGAGUUAUAGCAAUGGGGUUUGGCGGGCGGUCUGAGGGUCUAAUAUUAGUUAAAUUUAUAAAGAAUAUUUAUGGUGCAAAAUAAAAGAGUAGCUUUAUUUCCAGCGAUAGACAACGAUGUCUAAUGUUUGUCGUGAGUGUAAAUCCGAUGCACCGUUUAGUGGUGUUUA